ACAGGUGUUCCUCAGAGUACUUCCUCACCGUUCUCUGCUUUUCCUUCCCUGCUUUCCCAGCGGGUUUUCCCCUACAUCUCGGCCAUGGUGAACAAUGGCUCCCUCAGCUAUGAUCACGAGCGGGACGGGCGGCCUACAGAGCUGGGGGGCUGUACGGCCAUCGUCCGCAAUCUCCAUUAUGACACCUUCCUUGUGAUUCGCUAUGUCAAGAGGCAUUUGACGAUAAUGAUGGACAUCGACGGCAAGCACGAGUGGAGGGACUGCAUAGAGGUGCCCGGUGUCCGUCUGCCCCGGGGCUACUACUUCGGCACCUCCUCCAUCACUGGGGAUCUCUCGGACAACCAUGACGUCAUUUCCCUGAAGUUGUUUGAGCUGACGGUGGAGAGAACCCCGGAAGAGGAGAAGCUGCAUCGAGAUGUGUUCCUGCCCUCGGUGGACAACAUGAAACUGCCCGAGAUGACAGCCCCGCUGCCGCCCCUGAGUGGCCUGGCCCUCUUUCUCAUCGUCUUUUUCUCUUUGGUGUUUUCCGUAUUUGCCAUCGUCAUUGGGCUCAUACUCUACAACAAAUGGCAGGAUCAGAGCCGGAAGCGCUUCUACUGAGCCCUCCUGCGACCACGACCUCUGUGACUGUCACCCAGGAGUACGGGAGGAGCAGGCACCGGCCUGGGCACAUAGCCAGGCGGGUCUUCUCCCGUCUCCAGCAGCUGGUCAGGGACUCGCUUCUGUCACUGGAGCUUUGAGUGCAGGGACGCUGCGUUCCCAUGGUCACCCAUGAGGACGUCUAACUCUGGAUCAGGAAGCCCACCCCCCCGGGCAACGCUGCUGUGAUGUGCCUUUCCCCGCAGUCCUGCCACUCGGGAGCGAAGAGGGAUGGAGAGAACAUAGGCUGUCAUGAUGCCAAAACCACCGGAAAGAGUUUCAUAGCCCAGGCUGCCUUGUUGUUGGGCUCAGAGGACCCUCGUACUUCAUUCUUGAAUCUGCAAAGACUGAAAAACUGAUAACUCCUCAUACCUUCCAGCCAUCCAUCCACUGGUUUUUGCUUUUUGUCUAAGCCUCUCUCCAGCUGAGGAGCUUUCCCUGGAAAUCUGGAUGGAAACUUCUUCCCUGCCUCGCCUUCCUCUCCCUCCGUUCAUUGUCCUCUGCAGAUGCAACCUGAGCUGGAAAAGACGUCUGGCUGCCUCUCUCUUGGGGCCUGGGGCUGCAGAACAAACUUGAGUUUCACUGACCCUCUUGAGGUGGCCGCAGGGGGCAUUCUUCUGGGGCUCACUGCUCUAGCCUUUGUUCUUGCGGGUGGAUCUUGGUUCUGUUGGUGUGUUCAUGACCCUCCCAAUUAGGUCCCUUUAGGCCCUCAGCCAGGUUUGGCUGAAAGCUGGUGUGCAGGUCAAGAGAAGCUUGGGAGACGUCACGGAUGCAGUGUGACUAACCACGUUUUGACACCGAAAGCAACAUCUGUCACAUGAUCUGACCACGUGGAGCUGUUUCUGGACUCUCUGGAGCCUGCUUAGCUGCAUGUUUCGUGUUCAUCAUAAUUUUUGGAAACCUACUUAGAGUGUUCAAAAUGUAAGGAAACUUUGUUCUUAUAGCCUGAGCUUGGAUACUCCCCAAAGAGGAAACCUGGCUUCUCUUUCUUAACGGAUAAGGAAUGGUUGUUGUAAAUCUGGAAGCAGUAGACCCCCGUCAUCUGUGCCUGGAAGAGUUCAUUGUCAUUUGAGCAGCCGAGCCUGAGUGUCCUCUGUGGGUCAGCCCUGAUUCCACUGCCUUACCUGAUGAGGGGGUCACGUGCUGCUCACCUGUCUGCCCUGUGAUUCCAUUGCUAACAGGCCGGAAGCUCCCUGGAGGGCUUGGACUCGGAGCUCUCCCAGCCCUGUGCUUCUGUAGCCUGAGGGAAAGUCUUAACAUGGCUGAUGGAAACCAAACGUGAACUUUGAGUGGCC